GUUUCGCGUCAUCUAUUUUUUGCAGCCGCCUCUCUCUCUUAUUCUUACCAUUUUUUUUCUCAUUUCAUUGUUCAAUAAUUUCAAUUACCUUCCUUCUUUUUAAAUUGGCUUGGCCACUCGUGUAGAACGACGCUAUGGCUCCGCCGUUGCCACCACCGCUUUCCCAACACCGCUUAAUCAAAUAUCAGUGAGUUAUAAUAAAGGGUGUUAAUGCAAUGGAUUUAUCAGAUGCAGUAGUAGUGAAAUCGAGCAGAUUAAAAUCUGUUGUGUGGAAUGAUUUUGAUAGAGUUAAAAAGGGUGACACCUUUGUAGCCAUUUGUAGACAUUGUAAGAAAAAACUUAGUGGUUCAAGUACUAGUGGGACUUCUCAUUUAAGGAAUCAUUUAAUUAGGUGUCAAAGAAGAUCUCAUAAUGGCGGCAUUGCACAAUAUCUCUCGAAGAAAAAAGAAGGGACCCUUGCUCUUGCAAAUGUCAACAUUGAUCAAGAACAAAGAAGGGAUGAACCCCUUAUUGUUGUCAAUUAUAAAUUUGAUCAAGGGCAUGUUAAAGAUGAUGCUGUUACUAUUGCUAGUAGUAAUUUGGGCAACUUGGAUCAAAGGCGAAGUCAAUUUGAUUUAGCCCGUAUGAUCAUUUUACAUGGUUAUCCGGUUCAAAUGGUUGAUCAUGUUGGAUUUAGGGCUUUUGUUAAGAAUUUACAGCCUCUGUUUGAGCUUGCAACAGCUGAUAGAGUGGAGGCAGAUUGUAUUGAUAUUUAUUCGCAAGAGAAACAAAAGGUUUAUGAAGUAUUUGAUAAAUUACCUGGCAAGAUUAGUGUUAGUGCCAAUCUGUGGUCUGCUUCAGAUGAUGCCGAGUACUUGUGUUUGAUAGCACAUUAUAUUGACGAAGGUUGGCAAUUAAAGAAGAAGGUAUUGAAUUUUGUUUUGGUUGAUCCGACUCACACGGAAGAUAUGCAUUCAGAAGUAAUCAUGUCAUGUUUGAUGGAUUGGGAUAUAGAUCGUAAACUGUUUUCAAUGACAUUUGAUAGUCAUUCUUCCAAUGACAAUAUUGUCCAUAGAAUUAGAGACCGGCUGUCUCAGAAUAGGUUCCUCUAUUGCAAUGGUAUGUUAUUUGAUAUACGUUGUGCUGCAAAUCUUGUGAAUCUGAUGGUUCAUGAUGCAUUGGAAGCACUCUUUGAGGUGACGCAUAAGAUUCGGGAAAGCAUUAGGUAUAUUAGGAGUUCACAAGAUACUCAAAUGAAGUUCAAUGAGAUAGCUUUACAAGCUGAAGUUGAGAGUCAGAAAUGCUUAUGCCUUGACAAUCCAUGGAGAUGGGACUCAACAUAUUUUAUGCUUGAAGCUGCACUGGAGUACAGGUGGGCAUUUGCCCUUCUUCAAGAACAAGACCCUGCCUAUGCAAUGUGUCCAACCGAUUUUGAGUGGGAAAAGGCAAGGAUCAUUAUGAGCUACUUGAAACACUUUGUUGAAGUUACAAAUGUGUUUGUGAAGAACAAGCAUACAACUGCGAAUAUGUAUUUUUCGGAGAUUUGUGAUAUUCACUUGCAAUUACUUGAAUGGUGCAAGCAUCCAGAUGAUUUUAUUAGUUCUAUGGCAUUAAAGAUGAAAAAUAAGUUUGAUGAUUAUUGGGAAAAAUGUAGUUUUUCUUUAGCGGUUGCAGCUAUGUUAGAUCCUCGAUUCAAGAUAAAGUUGAUAGAGUAUUAUUAUCAACAAAUAUUUGGUACAGGUUCUGCAGAGUUAAUUGAUGAAGUUUUUGAGUAUAUAAAGGCACUCUACAAUGAACAUUCGAUUGGCUCUCCUUUAGCUUCUUCUGACCAAGGUAACAGUGGCUGCUUACUUAUUUCUGAUAGGGACUGCAAGGAUAGACUUACAGGCUUCGACAAAUUUCUCCAUGAAACUUCCCAGAGUCAAGGUACGAAGUCAGAUUUGGACAAGUAUUUGGAGGAACCUCUCUUUCCUCGUGGUGUUGAUUUCAACAUAUUAAAUUGGUGGAAGGUUCACACUCCAAGGUAUCCUAUCCUUGCAAUGAUGGCCCGAAAUAUCUUAGGAAUACCCAUGUUGAAGGUUACACCAGAGCUUGCUUUUAACAGCGGAAGGAGGGUGCUUGAUCGGGAAUGGAGUUCACUGCGACCAACUACUGUGCAAGCUCUGAUGUGUUCACAAGAUUGGAUGAGUGAAGUAGAAUAAUGAUACCUUUUAAAUGUCCUUCUAUUUGAUGGAUUAUUAGUCCUUUAUUUUGGAGAUUCAAGACACUCGCGGUCAUAUUUGUGGAGAUAUUUUCCAAUAGGUUUGAUUUAAUAUUAUCUACCCAGGAAGACAGUUCUCUGCCUAUGCAGGAUGUAUGAAGAUGAAGGUCAGCCUUACAUUCCACAGAUAAGAGCUUUAAUGAAUUUUAGUUGUAUGUUGUAGUGUAUGAGCUAUUUGAGGAGGUGAAUCAACUGGUUUGCAGGUAUUGGUGUUGCACUGCAAAAUUGCUUCUACAUUUCAGUUGCAAAUAGAAAAGUAGACCGGGAAUGUAAAAGGAAUUGAAACUCCAUCUUACAUAGAAGGGUUUCUGGUUGGAUUACUACUAUUGUUGAGUGGGGUUUGCAACUUCAAAUGGAUUCUUUUUUUUUUUUUUUUGGCUAAAAAGAAUAAAAUAAAAUCAGAUAUCAUUCUGCAAAUUUCAA